UUGUAUUUUUAUGCUCGACAGAGACGGAGCUAGGAAAGAGAAACGGAUGCAAAGAAAGGAAAAAAACAAUUAAAACCUUAAACAACGCCGCAAUACAAUAAUCCCAGAGGAAACAACUAUUUAGACUUGUAUACAGUUAUAUACACAUACUGAGUCAAAUAGAAUAUAUAAUAUUUGCACACAAACAUUUUGGGGCUUCAGCGUAACCUUGGCAGCAGUAUGGCGUUUAACUUGCAUGUAUGUAUCUGAGAGAUAUGCUGAACCAAUUGUCAUCGCUGUCAACUGAUCAAAUUCCUAUCGAAGCACGAAAUCAAUUAAUGUAUAAGAGAGCAGCUGCCCAAAUGGAAGAGAGCGAAUAUGACGACUGUCCCAAUGUGGAGCUGGAGGAGGGUGGCAUCAACUGUUUCCUCUGCCAGCAGCUGUUCACGGACAUUGAUGAGCUGCAGCAACACUUUCUGACUCAUUUCGCGGAAUGUCCCGCAAAUACAACUACAAAAUUCUUCGAAUGCGAUGUUUGCGGCCGAAGCUUACGCUCCGAACAGGAGUUGCAUAAGCACCAGGAACGUUUCCAUGCGGCACACCUGAUUAAAAAGGAUAUCGAAACUCGAAAUCGAUUUCAAUGUGAAAAGUGCAAUAAUGUCUACCUGAGCCUCGAUUUCCUGGAGAGACACAUACAAUUGGCGCACAAUGUGGGGCAGACGUUUGGCCAGGCUCCUCCUGCACAGCCGCAACAGAUGACAGUUGUGUUUCUCAAUCCACCUGCAAAACAAAAAUAUCCACCAAGGUCGCCCUUCUUCAAUCCAAAUCUUUGGUUAGACUGCGAUGCCUAUGUAUCAACAUCUCAAUGAGUAAUAAAUUUCAUUCGCACAAAAACAUG